AUUCUCCUUCUUCUUCUGUAACCUUUUCAACUCUUCUCUCUCUGUUUCUCUCCAUCACUAACACUUUCUUUUGAGCGUUUGAUCAAGGUGACAAUUCAGAGAUGGUUGAGAAGCUGUUGUCAUGUUUGUGUCCAUUGUUUUGUGAAAUAUUCUUGUAGUUUUGAAUGUCUCAUCCAUCCUUUUGUUUUCUAAACUACGAAACUAUCUAUAAUUCAGCCUUUUUCCUUGGUGGAUUUUUUGAUUUUUUCUUCCUGGUGGACCGUUUCCUGGUUAAUUAUAUCUGAGUCACUGUUGCUGCUAUACACUGCUUCAUCUUUCUCUACCUUGAGAUUUGAAUGGUUUUUGAGGUGAUCGUGGCAAGAGACUUUUGAUUUGGGGUGGAAAAAUCCAUGCAGUGUAUUCAGGAGACUGAGUUUGAUGGUUCAAGCUUUUGCGGUGCAUCAUCACUGGAUCUUACGCUUGAAGGGUUUCUUAGAUUCUGAGGUGAAAGUGUUGGAUAAAGAGAAGAGACGUGGCAGUGUUUUCGUGCUAAGAGAAGUCCAUUUUUGUACAGAAUUUGCUGAUUCUGGUGGUAUAUUGAAGAAGGGGAAGCAGUAUGGAGUUUUGUGAUUUUUUUGUUUGUGUUAAUACUGUUCAGGACGUUGAAUACAAGGAAGGAUAAGUUUUACUAUUCUGGUGUUCUGUGACUGUGGAUAAGGAAAGGUAGUAACAGCCAACCGCAGAGUUGAAGAAAGUUUGGAGAGGAUUUCACCGUAUGCCUAUUCAAGGUCAAAAUGCAGUUACUAGACCACGGGGUGGUCUUCCAGUUGGAAAUGGAGUAUCCUUGAAUUCUGGAGUGCAUUCUGUUGCACAUAUUCCACUAAAUGAUCAAUUUUCUUGUGGAAACGACUAUUCCCUGAAGGUUAGGAAACCAUAUACUAUCACAAAACAACGAGAGAGGUGGACAGAUGAAGAACAUAAGAAAUUUCUUGAAGCUUUAAAGCUAUAUGGCAGGGCCUGGAGACGGAUUGAAGAACAUGUUGGCACAAAGACUGCUGUUCAGAUUCGAAGUCAUGCUCAGAAGUUUUUUUCUAAGAUUCUUAGAGAGCCUAGUGGGAACAAUACUACAACCUUGGAGGAAUCAAUUGAAAUUCCUCCUCCACGACCAAAACGGAAGCCAAUUCAUCCUUACCCACGUAAACUUGUAGAGAUCCUAAAGAAAGAAAUUUCCAAAUCAGAACAGUUACUGAGGUCUAAUUCUCUGAAAUCAUCAGAUUUUGGUCAAGAAAACAACUCUCCCAAGUCAGUGUUGUCCACCGUUGUUUCAGACACACUUGGUUCCUCCAAUUCAGACACACCAACUAGAAGUUUGUCUCCAGUCUCAUCCAUUAGCGGUGUCCACCCAAGCAACUUUCCACUUGCUGAAACCAAGACAUUAUUUGAGGAAGAUGGGUCUCCAACACAAGAUGGACUAAAUGCUAGUUUUGCUCAUGAUGAUCAACCUCUUGUGAAACUGGAGCUUUUUCACAAAGAAAGUGUUUCUACCAAACAUGAUACAACAGAAGAAUCAUGUGGCCGAACUCUCAAACUGUUUGGGACAACUCUAUUAGUAACAGAAACCUGCAAACCUACAAUGGAGGCAUGCAAACCAAUACCUGCUGUGUGUCUUAUGCAACUUCAGAUUGGAUGUUCAGAUAUUGCAGAAGGUCAUGCAACUAUUGUUCCUUGGUGGACUCUUUCCCACAAUAAACCAUUCAUGAAAGACUCUGAGGCAAAACAACAUCUAUAUUCUAAUAUUGGAGAGUUUGAAAAUGAAGAAGUUCUAAAGGAAGGAUCUUGGACUGGCUCAAACACUAGUUCAAUUAAUGAUGGGGAUAACAAUGAAAAUUCAGAUGAUCAAGCCAAAAGUCUAGUGCAUUGCUUUAGCAAAGGGGAAGAAAAGUUGGACCCUCUUGGACACACAAGACCAAGUGAAACAUCGUCUAUAUUUGAGCAAAGGGUGAGAACUAAAACCUGUGGGAAAGGGUUUGUACCAUAUAAAAGGUGCAUGGCAGAGAGAGAAAUGCAAUUCCCACCAACCAAUUAUGAGGAGAGGGAAGAACAACGUAUCAGGCUUUCCUUAUAGUGCCCUAUCAUUGGUUUUUCUUCAAAGAAGUUCCCUUUUACAUAUAUAAAUCUUGUAGCUGGAUGACCUUGUAUGAGAAGAAAGAAAAGGGAGCUGAAAAUUUUGAUAUUUCUAAUGCAUUGCAUAUCCUGGACAAGCCUUUCUUUGCCUAUAUAUGAAAGCUUCAAGACUUUGGGGAAAACAAAGAAUUAUGGCCAGGUAGUAUAGGCUUUUUGUAUUUCUUCAUAUUCCUAAUGCAUUGCAUAUCCUGGACAAGCCUUUCUUUGCCUAUAUAUGAAAGCUUCAAGACUUUGGAGAAAACAAAGAAUUAUGGCCAGGUAGUAUAGGCUUUUUGUAUUUCUUCAUAUUCUUUCUCCCACCUUCAACUGUGAAUUAUCCAGCACUUUUGUUUUUAGCCUUUUUUUUAUGCUAAUUGUCUUUAAACUGUAAGUUACAUAUUCGUGCAAUGCUUAUUAGCGUUGUUGUUCAUAUGUUAUCAACUUCUCAUAAUUAAUAAUAUAUAUCAUGAUGAAAUCACUUC